GCCAGCCCCGGGAGAGAGUGGCCUUUUUGUAAUUGCAUAGUAGCACUAUAUAAUCUAUGUUAGACGUCUGUAUGUGUCGUCUAUUUGUAUUACUUACAUUCGUUUAACAAAUACAACAGUAGUUCUUGUUUUCUGUGUUUCAUUGGUUGUGAUUGUGUGCGUCGUUGGAGAGGCAACCAAGGAAAGCUAAGUCGAAGCGGAAUUAGCUUCUUUGUCACUCACGAACGGCUGCACAGUGCUGGCCAGGGCAGAUGGCAAGGGGAGGGAACAACGGAAGCAAGUGCAAGACUACAAAUAUGGUGGGUAAGGAGAAGAGGGGUUUGGAAGAGUCAGACAAGGAUUACAUGGUUGGAGAAAAAGACAAGGAGUUUGAUGAGUCGGAAGAUGAAUAUUGUUACUCGCUUGCUGAUGAGGAAUUGGAGGAAGAUGAAGAGGUGGAGAAGCUGGUGAAGAAAGGGACUAAAGCAGGUGGAAAAUCAAGAGGACGCCCGACUUUGCAUCGAACAAAGAGGAGUGGGAGAAAGAGAAGGGACAUUUACAACGAAGAAGCAGCAGCAUUUUCUAAGGCUACCCGAGUGAACAAUGGGAGAGAAGGCAAAUUUGAUGGCAUUUAUGUUAUGGAAGGAAAUGGUUUGAAAAGGAAGACUAGUGCUUCGUCUACCAAACUAAAUGUGGAUGCUUGUGAUGAGGAGGAGCCUAGGAAGAAAGCUAAAGUUUCUUACAAAGAAGAAAUGCUACUAGAUAGUGACUAUACAAUUUCGGAUGAUGAGGAAUUUAUGCCAUGUGAGAUUGAUGGUGUUGACGACGAGGAAAAGGUGCUGGUUGCCAAGAAGAAUAAGAUGGAUGAACAGAGUGUGAGGGAGACUGAGACUUCUGGUGGAGGAAAGAGGAAGAGGAAUGCAAAGGCUUUCAAGAGGAACAAAAGAAGGAAACUGACAAGGCCAAAAGCUUCACCGAGAAGAGGCAGAUGCAAAACUAAGGAUUUUGCAGAUGACAACCCUACAACCUGGCGGGAAAAGAGAGAAACCUCUGAUUUGAUAUCUUUGAAUCCUGUGAAGAUGAUUGAAGAUGAAAAAACUAUGCCAGGACAAAGGAAAAAGGGCAAGGUAGUUGAUCCGGAGAUGAUGGAAGCAGCAGCAGCAGGGAAGCCAGCGUGUGGCAUUUGUCUAUCUGAGGAGGGAAAGAGAAGUAUGAGGGGAAUAUUAGAUUGCUGCAGCCAUCACUUUUGUUUUGGUUGCAUCAUAGAGUGGUCGAAGGUGGAAUCUCGGUGUCCACUCUGCAAGCAAAGGUUUUCAACCAUCAGUAGGACGACGACUAGACGGGGGGCAGAUGGCUCUAGGGAUGCAGUUAUCCAAGUCGCCAUGCGGGAUCAGGUUUAUGAACCAAGCGAGGAAGAGCUCAGGGCAUUCCUGGAUCCAUAUGAGAAUGUUGUCUGCACGGAGUGUGAUCAAGGAGGAGACGAUGCACUUAUGCUUCUUUGCGACGUCUGCGAUUCGCCUGCGCAUACUUACUGCAUUGGCCUUGGACAUGAAGUGCCUGAAGGAAAUUGGUAUUGCGAUGGUUGCAAGCCCACAGCAGCAGCAGCUCCGAAUCCAACUCCCAAUUUGGCAGUAGGGUCAUCAUCAUCAUCAUCAAGAAGUCUAGUAAUGGGACAGGGAGACUACUACUACUCCCCAUCCACUAACAGUAAACCUCCUUGUAGUGGAGAUGGAGAUGCAGAUGAUAUUCCAAUUCCAGAGCAGCCUCCUACUGCUUCUGGAUCAGGGGUUGGGGUUGGGGUUUUUACACUGCAUCAAAGACGGAGGAGCAUACAGCAGCGCCAGAUUCACCAUCAUCAGAUUCCGAAUUGCAGCAGCAGGGCUAGGAGGAGUGAUGAUGGUGUUUUUGGCGAUGGAGUAGCUUUACCUCAAGAAGGGGUUGAUGCCCCUGCGCCAGUAGCACCACUCAACACACGUCACCCUCACCCUCACCCUCAAAUGUUGCUGACCAAUGCUUCUUCUACGGAAAUUCCUCCUCCAUGGUAUGGGUAUGGGUAUGGGUAUCAUCAGAGUCAGAGACAAGUCCCUGUCCCUCUCCCGUCUCUGAUGUUGAACCAUGGUAUGCUUCCCCAUGAAGCAGCAGCAGCAGCUUCUAUACCAUCAUCAUCAUCAGGCAACUAUUACUACUCCUUUGGUGGAACUGGACUGAACAUUUCCAGUUCCAAUUCAGAGUAUGGGGUGUGGCGGCGAAGGCCUUGUAAACCUGCUGGUGGAUUAUUCUCAUCAUAUCAUCAUAGGAGAAGAAGAGAGGUGCAGGGUGCUACUACUACUGCUACUAGUACUACUACUAUGAGUUGUUCAUUAGAAAAGAAGGCACAGGUGCAGUGGAUGGUUAGGAGUGAGUUAAAAAGGUUGUCCAGAAAUGGAAAUGGAAAUGGAAAUGGGGAUACAGGAUUAGGGUUAGGGUACAUGGGGUUCAAGCAGAUUGCAAGGGCGUCCACACACACCAUUCUAGCUGCAUUUGGGAUUGAGCACCGGCGGAAUGAAGUAUGUCCUGUGAGGGCACGUCCCUUGAUGUGCCAGUGCCGCCACCGCCAAGCCACAAAUAAUACUAGAGAGGAGGAGGCCGAGGCUCCUAUGACGAUGGCAGGUCAGUGCCCAUCUUGCCUCCACUGGUUUGUCAGGAAUGUGGUUGCCGAAAUAAUAAUAAUAAUGUCCACCCGCCCUACUCCGCUCUCUUCCUCUCUCGGUCUUAUUCCCCGUCCCUUUGACUGACUCACUCGCUCACUGUCUGUCCCCAAACAAACACACCCUUACCCUUACCCUUAAUUAAUUAAUUACUCACUUCAGAUCAUAGCUUAUAGAUUAUAGAUUAUAUAGAAUACAGUCUUGUCGUCGUCCUCUUCAUCGGUUGUGUUUUGAUCAAACGCUAAACUAAACUUAGCUACUACCGCCCCAACCCCAGCUCCAGCUCCAGCUCCUGCGCAUAACCAUACAUGUAUUAUAAUUUUAUUUUGGCUUCAUUUCCAGCCCAAAAUCUUCCUUAUUUUGUUCACCAAAUAUUAUCCUUUUCUUUUCAUAUCUAUUCUCAAAUACCAUGCAACAUUU